GGGGCGCAGACGUCCACGAUCACUUUCUAUUUUAUUGCUCAUCUAAAAUUCGAACUUUCACAUUUUAGUUACAAUUGACAAAGUAAAUUAAUAAAUAAUCAAAGGCAAAGAUGUUAUCGAGGCAUUUAAAGCAAAUUGAUCACAUCGGUUGGCGGCAUUUGAGCGUUUCAAGCGUACGGACUUUCGCAGUGCAAGUAGAGUCUAAGCAAAACAAUGCGAGUGAUGUGGACUUAGAGAAGGCGCGGCCGUAUUCAGAAGUGCCUGGGCCAGGUAAACUCGAACUAAUACGGUUAUUCAUGCCAGGAGGUUUAUUAGCCAAGAAACCAUUUUUUGAUGCCUUUCGUGAAAUGGGCAAGACUUAUGGAGAGCUUUUUCGGUUUCCCGGCAUAUUUGGCAAACCCGAAGUUAUAGUCGAUUUGAAUCCCUCGGAUUAUUCGGUUAUUUUUCGUAAUGAAGGACCAUUGCCUUAUCGACGCGUUUUCGACACCUUCGUCUAUCAUCGUGAAAAACAUCGUCCCGAAUUCUUUCAGGGCGUCGACGGUAUUAUAUCCACCUCUGGCGAAAAAUGGGCGAAAAUGCGUACGGCUGUGAAUCCAAUACUCAUGCAACCGAAAAAUGCCAAGCUGUACUUGAAUACGCUAUUGGAUAUUAAUAACGAAUUCCUAGAAAGAAUACGGCACAUACGCGAUUCCAGGACAAUGGAAGUGCCCGAUGAAUUCCACGACGAUAUCAAUCGGCUUUCUUUUGAAGGCAUCGCAGGCAUUGCGCUGAAUACACGACUCGGUUUAAUACAAAAAAAUCGUGAUACUGUCGAAGGUAAAGAGAUCAUGAAGAGCAUACGCAAUUUCUUUUUACUCUUCGAAGAGCUAGAGGUUAAGCCCUCCAUAUGGAAGUAUGUGAAAACACCGAAAUUCUAUGAUAUGAUGAAGACUCUAGACUCAAUGACGGACAUCUGCAAUAAGUACAUUAACGAAGCGCUAAUGCGCAUUGAACACGAUAGCGAGGGCAACCUUACAUCGGCGCUGGGCAAAGAGAAGAGCGUGUUGGAGAAAUUAGUGCGCGUGGAUAAGAAAUUUGCCGUAGUAAUGGCGCUAGAUAUGAUGAUAGCUGGUAUUGAUACGACCGCCUCCACCUUGACAGGUAUAUUGUUAUGCAUUGCCAAGAAUCCUGAUAAACAACAAAAGCUAUUUGAAGAACUUAAGCAAAUAUUGCCAGAGAAGGAUUCACAGCUGACAACUCAAAAUAUGCAAAAUCUGCCUUACCUGCGCGCCUGCAUCAAAGAGGGCAUACGCCGCUAUCCUCUCUUCCCGGGUACGAUGCGUCGUUUGCCCAACGAUGUAGUGUUAAGCGGAUAUCGUAUACCUGCCGGUACCGACAUCUGCAUCGGCGCUAAUAUGGUGAUGCAUGAUGAACGUUAUACGUCGCAGCCGGAUAAAUUCAUGCCGGAGCGUUGGUUGCGUAACGAUCGAUCUGCCCAAGCUCUGGAGGCGCAAAUUACGAAUCCAUUUUUGUAUGUACCCUUCGGCUUUGGUCCACGCAGUUGUAUGGGCAAGCGUAUUGUCAAUUUGGAGUUGGAAGUCACUUUGGCGUGUUUGGUGCGUAAUUUCCAAAUUGAAUUUAAUUAUCCAACCGAAAAUGCAUUCGCAAUGAAGUUCAUCAGCGUGCCGCAAAUACCGCUCAAAUUCAAAUUCAUCGACAGAGGAGCGUAGUCUUGGACAGGAGAAACAAUGAGAAUUGAAUAUAGUUAACAUAUUUUUUCAAGCACCAUAUUAAGCUCACAAUGUGAUACGAGUACGUUUGUCAAAUUUAUUUUUACUUUCUUUAUAUACAUGCCUGUGAAGUACAGCAUCUAUUGAUUCCAAAACCUCAGAAUAUAACGCGCUUCCCCACAGAAAAGAAA